CGGAAAUGACGGAAUCGUGUGUGAACCAAUCGCAUGGCAGAAGUGAAGAUGGCGGACUCUCAGAUCAGCGUCAGGAGCUGUCGAGAACUGUGGACCAUUCUGCUUGGCAGAUCCGCUUUGAGAGAACCGGCGCAAAUAGAAGCAGAACUUGAAAGACACUGGGAUAGACUCCAUCAAGGACUCAGUUACUACAAGCAACCCAGCUCAAGCUCUGCAGGGAAGGUUAAGGAAAACAAAAAUGUCCCACAGCCGCUGAAAGACUUUGGUUUAAGGAUCAGUAAACUGUUGAACCUUGACGAGGAGCAGAGCGUACAGCUUUUACAAUGUUAUCUUCAGGAGGACUACAGAGGGACCAGAGACUCCCUAAAGGUUGUCCUAAAAGACGAUCGACAGAGUCAGGCGUUACUGCUAAAGAUUGCUGAUUACUACUAUGAAGAGCGGAUGUGUUUGCUCCGCUGUGUUCUUCUGCUGCUCACAUACUUUCAGGACGAGCGACAUCCCUAUCGGGCUGAGUACAGUAACUGUGUCAACAAACUGGAGAAGGACUUGGUAGGCAACUGCCAGUCACAGUUUGAGGCUUUGUUCAAAGCUGAAGCACCAACCUGGGAAACUCAUGGAAACCUGAUGACGGAAAGACAGGUGUCACGAUGGUUCCUGCGCUGCCUGAAAGAACAGUCUCUGCUGCUGGAGAUAAUCUUUCUGCACCACGCGUACUUCGAGAUGAGUCCUUCUGAUCUUCUGAGUUUUACCAAAAUGUUCAAAGAACAAGGCUUUGGUUUGAGACAAACCAACAGACACCUGGUGGAUAAGAGCAUGGAUGCACUUGUUGACCGGAUUGGGUAUUUAAGCUGCCUCAUCCUGGUUGAAGGAAUGGACGUAGACUUCCUGCACAAGUGUGCUCUGGAGGAUUGUACUCAGCAGCACCAGUUCUCCAGUGCACCCAACAUCAUUAAGGAAAUGGAUCAGCUUCUGCUGACGUUUGGUGACAUCCCUCAUCACGGGCCUGUGCUGUUAGCCUGGGUCCUGCUAAGACACACGCUGAGGCCGGACGAGUCCAGCCCCGUGGUCAGGAGGAUCGGCCACACAGCCCUGCAGCUGGAGGUGUUCAAGUACCUGUCCAGCAUGCUGAAAGGCCUCGGAGUCUUGGGGAAUAAUUGUACAGCAAGUACAGCAAGGAUGUGCAUCUACGGCCUCCUGUCAUUUGUUAUCACUUCAUUUGAGGAGGAAAGCUUACAGAUUGAUGGCGUGUCAACUCAGUCCUCCCAGCUGAUUGAUGCUGCCUGUGAGGUUCUUUCUGCUCCCAGUCUGGCAGAGGUCUUUUGGGAAAUGAAGCCAAACAUGGGACUUGGGAUGGUUCUGGACAGUGCAGCAGGGAUGUUUCCCCAUAAAAUAGGACCUCUGCUUCAGCUGCUGACUGCACUUGUGUCAAACAAAUCAACUGUAAAGAAGGUGUAUAACUUUUUAGACAAGAUGUCCUUCUACACGCAAGUUUACAAGCACAAACCCAACGAUAUCGUCUCUAAUGAUGAAGAAACGCUUUGGAGGAGACAGACCCCCAAACUCCUCUAUCCACUAGGCUCAGGCUCAGGACAGACUAACCUGUGGAUGCCACAGGGAGUGCUGGGCCAGGUGAUGAUUGCAGGUGAACAGGGCUUCAUGGUGCGCUGGGAUUACUCGUACAGCUCCUGGACUCUCUUCACCUGUGAGGUGGAAAUGCUGCUGCAUGUUGUUUCAACCGCAGACGUCAUAGCUCACUGCGUGCGCGUUAAACCCAUCCUGGAUCUGGUCCAUAAGAUCAUCAGCACAGACUGGACUGUGUCCGACUGUCUCCUGCCCCUCACGUCCCGCAUCUACAUGCUGCUGCAGAGGCUCACGUCGGUCAUCAACCCUCCGGUGGAUGUGAUAGCAUCCUGUGUGAACUGUCUCUCUGUACUGGCUGCAAGGAUGCCAGGGAAGGUCUGGUCCAGCCUCCACCACACUGGUUUCCUCCCGUUUGCUUCAAACCCUUUGAGUACCAUGGCUCAGUGUGUGAGUGCUGAGGGAAUGAAAGCGGCUAACUAUGGCAACCUACUGGUCCAGAAUGAGCAGCCCAGGGGAGAGUAUGCCGUGACAAUUGCCUUUCUUCGGCUUCUUACCACCUUGGUUAAGGGUCAGCUUGGAAGCACCCAAAACAAAGGUCUGAUCCCCUGUGUGCUGCUGGUGUUAAAGGAGAUGCUGCCCACCUACCACAAGUGGCGUUACAACACCUACGGAGUCCGAGAGAGAAUAGGUUGUCUUAUGUUGGAGCUGAUCCAUGCCAUCCUCAAUCUGAGUCCAGACGGGGAGGACCAAGGCAGCACUCCCACCCUGCAGUCUCUCUGCAUCUACUGUCUGACCAACACAGAAGCGGGGCAGGCCGUUGUUAACAUCAUGGGAGUUGGCGUGGACACCAUCGAGGUGGUCCUGGCUGCACAGCCCAGCAGCUAUGGUUCUGAAGGUCCGGGUCAGAUCCUGAUCCAGACAGUCAAACUGGCCUUCUCGGUCACAAACAACGUGAUCCGUCUGAAGCCACCGUCUGAUGCGGUGUCCCCCCUGGAGCAGGCGCUAACGCAGCACGGCGGUCAUGGCAACAACCUGAUAGUUGUUCUCGCCAAAUAUAUUUACCACAAGCACGAUCCAGCUCUUCCUCGCCUCGCAAUUCAACUCCUGAAAAGGCUUGCCACUGUCGCUCCCAUGUCAGUCUACGCUUGCCUUGGCAACGAUGCCGCAGCAAUCAGGGAUGCGUUCCUCACUCGACUGCAAAGCAAGACCGAAGACAUGAGGAUCAAGGUCAUGAUUCUGGAGUUUCUCACGGUUGCUGUGGAAACGCAGCCUGGCCUCAUUGAGCUCUUCCUCAACCUGGAAGUAAAAGAUGGAAAAGAAGGCUCAAAGGAGUUCUUGCUGGGUGAGUGGAGCUGUCUUCAUGUGGUGCUGGAUCUGAUCGACUCCAAACAGCAGGGGAAGUAUUGGUGCCCCCCGCUGCUCCACCGAGCAGCCCUCGCCUUCCUCCUGGCUCUGUGGCAGGAUCGCAGAGACAGCGCCAUCUCUGUGUUGAGGACCAAAGAACGAUUUUGGGAAAAUUUAACGACGCCUCUGUUUGCGACCCUCACCCCUCCGUCAGACACCACUGAGCCCUGCGUUUUAGAGACCUGCGCCUUCGUCAUGAAGAUCAUGGCUCUGGAGAUUUACUACGUCGUCAGCGGCUCCUUGGAGCCAUCUCUGAAAGACGCCCUUCAGAAGUUCUCCAGCGCGCGGCGGUACGAGUACUGGUCCCAGUAUGUGAAGUCCCUGGUGUGCCGUGUGGCAGAGUCGGAGGAGGAGAGCAUCUGUUACCUCUCCGAGACUCAGAUGCUGAUCUCUGCGUGGAGGAUGCUGCUCAUCCUCUCCACCAGCCACGCUGAUGUGAUGCUGCUAACAGAGGACGCAACCAAGCUGAAGCUUUUCAUGGAUGUCCUGGAUGGAACUAAAGCUGCUCUGACCACUCCCAUGUCCGUACCCUGUCUCCGACUUGGAUCCAUGAUGGCUACGCUGCUCCUCAUCCUCCUCAAACACUGGAAGAACGUGGUGGCAGCAGCUCCGGACAUCUUGUCUCCCCUCUCCCUCAUCCUUGAGAGCGUCCUGCAGGCUGACCAGCAGAUGAUGGAGAGAACCAAAGCCAAGAUCUUUUCUGCUCUCAUCUCUGUGCUGCAGAUUCAGGGACUCAAUGGGGGAGACAUUUCCCAGCUGCCUCAGCUGCUGCUGUGCGUGUGCGAGACGGUGAAAGACGAGGCGCUGGCGCUCAUCGACAACACCCGCCACAUGAGUCAGUUAGGGGACAUGCUGGAGGACGAGGACAGCAUGGAGAUGGACUCUCCUCGGGGACCAAAGGACCACAGAGACGGGGUCUGCGUACUCGCACUCCAUCUGGCAAAGGAGCUGUGCCGCACAGAUGAGGAUGGUGAGCACUGGGUCUCGGUAAUGAGGAAGGUGCCGGUCCUGCCCUCAGUUAUGAGCGCCAUGGAGCUCAGCCUGCGCUCCAAACACAACCUGUACUUCACCGAAGCUGCUCUGCAUCUGCUGCUUACACUGGCUCGCACUCCUCAGGGAGCAGCGGCUGUAGCAGGAGCCGGAGUUACUGAGACCAUCUGUCUUCCUCUUCUCAGUGUUUAUGAAGGUCCAUCAAAUGGAGCCUCUCAGAGCUUCUCCAGGAAGUCGCAGGAUGUGGCCUGUUGGCCGGGCGUUUACCGCCUCUGCAUGUCUUUGAUGGAGAGUCUUCUCAAGACGCUGCGCUACCACUUCAUUAAUGAAGCCCUGGACUUUGUUGGAGUUCAUCAAGAGCGCAUCUUACAGUGUCUGAACUCCAUGCGCACCGUUCAGAGCCUGGCCUGCUUGGACGAGGCGGAUCACACGGUUGGUUUCCUCCUCCAACUGUCCAGUUUCUGUAAGGAGUGGCAGUUUCACCUCCCCAAGCUGCUCCUGGACGUGCAGAUCAACCUGUGUUACCUGUGCCAGACCUGCACAUAUCUGCUCCACAGCAAGAAGAUGCUCCAUCACUACCUGCAGGCCAAGAAUGGUGAGGCGUUGCCUCCUGGUCCCCUCUCCAGGACCCAGCGCCCCCCUCAGACUCAGGCAACAGCAGGGGCAGCGGGGGCAGAGGAAGCCGAGCAGAAGGCCCUGCUGACCGUGCAGUGCAGCCUUUUGAAGAUCCUCAGCAAAACCCUGGCUGCUCUGCAGCACUUCACUCCCGACUGCUGCCAGAUCCUCCUGGACCAGUGCAUGGACCUGGCCGAGUACCGGACCCUGUUUGUGCUCAGCUUCACGACUCCGGCCUUUGACCCCGAUGUGGCGCCUUCAUUUGGGACCCUGCUGGCUACGAUCAACGUGGCGCUCAGCAUGCUGAGCGAGAUGGAGAAGAAGAAGGAGACGGCUUCGGUCAGCAUAGCAUCGCUGGCUUCAUCCGAAGAGCUCCAAGCUCUGAAGUCACUGCUGAUGUUCACCAUGGAGAACUGCUUCUACGUGCUCAUCUCUCAGGCUGUCCGGUGUCUCAAAGACCCCUCCAUCCUCCCGCGGGACAAACAGAGGCUCAAGCAGGAGCUCAGCUCAGAACUGAGCACGCUUCUCUCCAGCCUGUCCCGUCACUUCCGGAGGGGUUCUCCGUCGUCUCCGGCCUCCGCCCAAUCCAAACAACCCCCACCCGGAUCCAAGGGAAGCCACGAAGGCCAGGAGCCCAUCAUCCAGCUGGUUCAGGCUUUUGUGCGUCUCGUGCAGAGAUAGGUGUGUCUCAUUAUGAAUAAAUAAAAACGAAGUGCUUUAGAUCAGCUGUUACCCGUCUUCAAGGAAACUAUUGAGGCAGAGCCAGAAUAUUUUUGCCUGACCGGGUUCUUGGUGCUGCUGGUACCAGUGAAUUCCACAGACCUAGUUUUAUAGGUCACUGAUGGCAUAACACCGGAACCAUUUCAGACACGACUUCAAUGUAACCUGAUUCCAUGUAGUAGAUUAUAAACUGUUUUUUAUUCCUUUGUACCUAAUCUGGGUUAUUUUUACUAAAACAAUAAAGGGAUUUAAAGACAA